AUGAAAUAUGCUGAAAAAUUAAAACUUCUUAAAAUAAAAUCAUGGGAACAAAAGUAUAUAGAUUAUAAAUUUUUAAAAAAAAUUAUAAAAAGGGAAUAUAAUUCAGAAAUAAGAAGUAUAUAUGAUAAGAUUGAUAAGAACAAUGAUGAAAUAAAAGAAAUUUGUAAUAUGUGUAAUUCAGACUAUGAAUAUAUUAUCUCAAAAGAAAAAAAUAAAAGAAAUAAUUUAGAAUUUUCGGAUAUAGAUUAUUCUUAUCUAUUUUUUUAUCUUUUAGAAAACUAUAUUAAAAUUGUUAAGGAGCAUUAUGAGCAGGAAUUUAUCUUUUUAAAUAAAAAGUUAAAUGAAAUAAAAAAAUUUUUAGAUAAGGAUAAAAUAAAUGAAAAAGAUAUAGAGAUAUUAAAAAUCAAUUGUUUGAAUAUAUAUAAUCUAUUUGAUGUCUUGAAUAAUUACUUAAAUAUUAAUAUCCUGUCUGUAUACAAAAUUUUGAAAAAAAAAAACAAAAAAGAAAAUUCAUCUGCCUCUUUAGAUUUGUAUCAAAAAUAUUAUAACAAUUUACAUGAAAUAAGUAAAGAAGAAAGUUUUAAUAAAAAAAUAAAAUUAACUUAUUUAUCUAUACAAAAAAAAAAAGGAGAUGACUAUGAAAAAUUAGAUUUAAUAAAUUUUAAAAUUUACGUUAAGAAUAAAAUAGAAAAUAUUGGAAAAUAUAAAGGAAUAAUUUAUUUUUUAUGUGGAAUAUUAAUAACUUUAAUUAUAAAUGCUUUUAUAUUACUUUAUAUAAAUAUAAAUAAUAUAAAUAUUGAUGUUAUCUUGUCAAUUUUACCAAUUUAUAGAUUAUUAUAUAUUUUAAAUUUUUUCUUUUUAUUCAUUUUUGGAGCAGUUUUUAUUAUGCAGUUAUAUGGAGUAAAUUUUACGUAUAUUUUAGAUUUAAAUAAAAUAAUAGUGGAUGAAUAUUAUUACUUGAUAAAUUAUGUAAUAUUUCAUCUUUUUCUAACAACGUUAUCUUUAUUAAUAUUUUUCAUAUUUUUAGUUAAAAAUGUAAAUCUUCUUGAUAAUAUUAUUGGAGACAUAUUAACAAGUUUGUCAAAAACAUUCUCAGAUAUUCAAUAUUUCAUUUGUUUUCUUUUAAACCAUCUAGAUACAAGAAUUCCUGCAAGAUGCCCAGUGAUGGAAAGUUAUAUAAAUCCCAUUUUCAUAGGAUUACCUUUUUAUCUUAGAUUAUGUCAAUGUAUCAUUAGAUAUAAUAACGAAAGAGAAAAAUUACAUAUCUAUAAUAUGCUAAAAUAUUUAUCUGGAAUCAUUAUAGUAAUAUGUACUUCUUUUAAUUGGUCAUAUUUUGGUUUUGAUAUUUAUACAAGUAAAUUAAUUCUAGUUUGUGCUUAUGUAGUUGGUUCAACCUAUAUGUAUAUUUGGGAUUUAUACUGUGAUUGGGGUCUUCUAAAAGAAUACGAUAAUUUAUUAAGAAAGAAUAAUAACAUAAUGUAUCCACCCCAUUAUUAUUAUAUUGGAGGAUUUCUUAAUUUAAUUUUUAGAUUAACAUGGGCAAUUACUAUUAUGCCUAUAAACCUUUUUGAAAAUAAAGAAAUAAAUUCCUUUUUAAUAACAUUUUUUCUUAUGUUUAUUGAGGUUUUAAGAAGAUCUAUAUGGAUUUGUUUUAGAUUAGAAAACGAGCACGUUACAAAUGCAUCAAAAUAUAGAGCAAUAUUAUGGGUACCAAAGUUACAUAAAACAAAAAAUUUUUAA